UUUCUAUUUUCCUAUCCUCAAAAUGGUAGACGUGCUUCCAGUGGAGCUGCUGCAGCUAAUUUUUGACCUCCUCAGUGCAGUGGAUCGGAAAUCCGCUUCGUUAGUUUGCCACCGUUGGCGUCAAGUGCUGUGGUCUGAUCGGUACCUAAAACGCAUGACUGCCAUUGUGACUGGCAGGACUCUGUGCUCUCAGUGGGCGUUACAGCGACUGCAACGUCCCUUCCGGAAGAUGAACAUCGAAGAGGAUCUCGGCCUGCAGGAAUCGGAGCGUAAACGUUUUCUUACCAGAGUGCGAAAGUUGAUAUCAUCCCGAGUGGUUCGAUCCAGCGUGCAAGAGCUGCGGUUAGUGAUGAGCCAUCCGUCAUUGAACGGGAUUUUCGGUCAGCAGGUAGCAGUUACCUUUCCGAAACUGAAGGAGCUGUCGUACUCGCCUGGUUCGAGGCUGUUAAAUCAUGAUGAUGUGCUUGCCAGAAUCAAUGCUCAUGCACCGCAGCUGCGUGUGUUGAAAAUCGAUGUCUUCACCAAUUCGGCCGUCGAGUUGAUUAGGAUGGCAUCUCGACAAAUUCACUCACUAUCGAUGCGGUUCUACGAUAAAAGGACAUUUUUACGCGUGAUUGAAAUUGAGUCGUUCGAUUCGUUCCGAGAGGCUACGUUUCUGACGGUAUUGAGUGGACAAGAGGAUUACGAAAUGUUACACCCGACUGAUUUCAAUGCCACCCAUAGGAUGAAUUUGGCUAAGCUGGACAAACUGGAGAUAAGAGAUGCGGCUAAUAUGUUCAGUCAAGUGUACGAUAUAAUCUUCCGAGCCUCAACCAGUUUGAGUCAGCUGAAUGUGUUUGGCACGGACAUAUCCAACUCGGCGCUAGCUUCCAUUCAUAGCAUGAAGAAACUGAAGCGAUUGCAUCUGUAUCUGUACGGUAAUAAUGGUUGAAUA